AUGCCAAACCAUACUAAAACUGCCAUUUUAUCGGUUUACGAUAAAACUGGAUUAUUAGACUUAGCCAAGGGAUUAGUCGCUCAAGAUGUUCGUAUUUUAGCAUCUGGUGGUACCUCGAAGUUGAUUCGUGGAGCCGGUUUCCCAGUUGAAGACGUUUCUACGAUCACCCAUGCCCCGGAAAUGUUAGGUGGUAGAGUUAAGACCUUACACCCAGCUGUUCACGGUGGUAUUUUGGCCAGAGACUUGAAGAGUGACGAAGCUGACUUAGAAGCUCAAGGUAUUGAAAAGGUUGAUAUUGUUGUCUGUAACUUGUACCCAUUCAAGGAAACUGUGUCUAAGGCCGCUGUUACCAUUGAAGAAGCUGUCGAGGAAGUUGACAUUGGUGGUGUUACUUUGUUGAGAGCUGCUGCUAAGAACCAUUCCAGAGUCACUAUUUUGUCUGAUCCUAAGGAUUACGCCGGCUUUUUGGAACAAUUAAAGACUGGUGAAAUUUCGACUGAUGCUAGAAACAGAUACGCAUUGAAGGCUUUCGAACAUACCGCAGACUACGAUGUUGCUAUCUCUGAUUUCUUCAGAAAGGAAUACGCUGAAAACGUAUCUCAAUUACCAUUAAGGUACGGUGCCAACCCUCACCAAAAGCCUGCUCAAGCUUUUGUUACCCAAGGUGAACUUCCUUUCAAGGUUUUGUCCGGUUCCCCAGGUUACAUCAACUUAUUGGAUGCCUUAAACUCGUGGCCAUUAGUUAAGGAAUUAUCAGCUUCCUUAAAUUUACCAGCCGCCGCCUCUUUCAAACACGUUUCCCCAGCUGGUUGUGCUGUCGGUUUACCAUUGUCAGAUGUUGAAAAGAAGAUUUACUUUGUUGAAGACAUCGAAAACUUAUCUCCAUUAGCUAACGCUUAUGCUAGAGCUAGAGGUGCUGACAGAAUGUCGUCUUUUGGUGACUGGAUCGCUUUAUCCAACAUUGUUGAUUUACCAACUGCCCAAAUUAUUUCUAAGGAAGUUUCCGAUGGUGUAAUUGCUCCAGGUUAUUCUGAUGAAGCUUUGGCAAUCUUAAAGAAAAAGAAGGGUGGUAAGUACUGUAUUUUACAGAUUGACCCUAACUACAACCCAGAUAACUUGGAAUCAAGACAAGUUUACGGUAUCACUUUGCAACAAAAGAGAAAUGACGCCAUCAUCAAGGGUAACUCCUUCAAAGAAAUCGUUUCCAAGAACAAGGAAUUAACUGAACAAGGUACCAUUGAUUUAACAGUGGCAACUAUUGUUUUGAAGUACACUCAAUCUAACUCGGUUUGUUACGCCAAGAAUGGUAUGGUUAUUGGUUUAGGUGCUGGUCAACAAUCUCGUAUCCACUGUACUAGAUUAGCUGGUGACAAGGCUGACAACUGGUGGUUCAGACAACAUCCAAAGGUUUUAGGUAUGAAAUGGGCCAAGGGUGUUAAGAGACCUGAAAAGUCCAACGCCAUCGAUUUAUUCGUCACUGGCCAAAUUCCAUCCUCUGAACCAGAAAAGACUGAAUAUGAAAGUAAGUUUGCUGAAUUGCCAGAACCUUUGACUGAAAAAGAAAGAGAAGAAUGGUUAGGCAAGUUAACCGAUGUUGCUUUAUCUUCUGACGCUUUCUUCCCAUUCCCUGAUAAUGUUUACAGAGCUGUCAGAUCUGGUGUUAAGUUCAUCGCUGCUCCAUCUGGUUCUGUUAUGGAUAAGGCGGUCUUUGGUGCUGCUGAUUCUUUCGAUGUUGUCUACGUCGAAAACCCAAUUCGUUUAUUCCAUCAUUAA